AUGCCCGGAACCGGGGCUGGCGGGAACGACACGUUCUUCCCCUUCUUUUCGGACUUCAAGGACGCGGCCGUCCGCCUGGGGCUGAGCAUCGCAGAGACGGUGGUGCUGGCGUCGAUCUUCGCCCUGGCUUUGGCGGCCAACACGGGCGCCAUCCGGCUGGUGCUGCGUCGCAAAGGCCGGCCGGGCGCCGCCAGCUGCCUGGUGCUCAACCUCUUCUGCGCCGACCUGCUCUUCAUCAGCGCCAUCCCCGUCAUCGCCGUGGUGCGCUGGACCGAGAGCUGGACCCUGGGCGAGGCCGUCUGCCACCUGCUCUUCUACCUGAUGAGCCUGAGCGGCAGCGUCACCAUCCUCUCCCUGGCCGCCGUCAGCCUGGAGCGGGUGGUCAGCAUCGUCCGGCUCAAGCCCUCCAAGCCUUGGAAAGGACGGCUGGUGGCCGCCUGCCUGCUGGCCAUCUGGGCCUUGGCGGCUCUGGCCACCCUCCCGCUCAGCCUCUUCUUCAGCGUCCAGCCGCUGCCUUCCAAGGGCCAGGAAGUGUAUAUCUGCACCUUGGUUUGGCCCAGCAUUGCAGGAGAAAUUGCUUGGGAUGUCUCCUUUGCCACCGUGAUCUUCCUUGUACCAGGAUUGGUCAUUGUAAUUAGUUAUUCAAAGAUUUUACAGAUCGCCAAGGCCUCAAGGAGACGCCUGCAGGUGGGCAUGGCCUACUCGCAGAAGCAUCAUAUUCGCAUUUCCCAGCAAGAUUUCAAAUUAUUUCGGACUCUGUUUCUCCUCAUGAUUUCCUUCUUUGUCAUGUGGAGCCCCAUCAUCAUCACCAUUCUCCUCAUUUUAGUACAGAAGUUUCAACCGGAUGUGAACAUUGCGUCAUUUGUUUUCUUCUGGAUAAUGACGUUCACAUUUUCCAAUUCAAUCAUCAACCCGGUCUUAUACAAUAUAGUCCAAUUUAAACAUGGUUGGAGGCAAAUCUUUUUCUGUUGCCAAAAUCCCCUUGGGAAAAAAGAUACUACAACGGACAUGUCCGUGAAGCAGCAGAACCAGAAACAUUUCACCGUAUCUGUUAUCACCAGAUAACCGUAUGGUAUUCCU